GAGGUUAUGUCAAAAUAACUCGGCAAGUGGGAGAAAAACACGUCAGUAUUUUGCUUAUUUUAACAAUUCAUAAUACAGUGUGAGUUUAAAAAGUACAUCAUAACUAAAAAGUUUUAAUAGCUGCGAAGAUUUCUGUUUUAUUAUCUGUAUUCGUGCUUUGCAUUUGGGAUUAUGCGGAUCGAUACUGGUCUUUGCAAUAUGUUUAACAAUCAGAAAUCGCUUCUUUUCACUACAAUUUUUGUGGCAGUUUUACCACUUGUUUUGUGCAAUAUUCAGCCGCCCGCUAUCAAUCCUGGUAUUCUGACUCCCAGUAAACUGCUUGGAGAGUGUCAGGCUUGUAAAUUAUUCGCGGAUUCUUUCAAGAAAGGUCUAGAAAGGACGUCUCGGGGUAAAUAUGAAGGAGGCGACGCGGCAUGGGAGGAAGAAAAGUUAAAAAAGUCAUACAAGCGCAGUGAGAUGCGUCUAGUUGAUAUUCAAGAAGGAAUAUGUAAAGAGGACACAAAGAACUCUGUGCAAUGCCACUCAAUAGCUGAGAAAGCAGAAGAAUACAUAGAAGAGUGGUGGGCGCAAGAUCCAGAUGAAUCUGCUGAUCUGUACACUUAUAUUUGCAUUGAUAAAAUGAAAAUGUGCUGUCCAAAGCACCAUUAUGGUAAAGAUUGCACUCCAUGUCCCGGAGAUCACAAUAAUAUAUGCAAUGGUAAUGGGAAAUGUAGAGGAGACGGGACUAGGAAAGGAAACGGCACCUGUUUAUGCGAUCCGGGCUAUAUGGGGGUCGAUUGCGACCAAUGUUCAGCUGGCUAUUACCUCUCAUAUAAAGACAGUAGCAAGAUGUUGUGUUCUCCGUGUCACAGGUCGUGCAUGGGAGGAUGCCGUGAAGGAUCACAAAAAGACUGCGUCGCUUGCAGACCUGGCUUCGUGUUUGAUUCAGACGAAGGCUGUUUGGACGUCAAUGAGUGUAACGAUAUCAAUAGAUGUACGAAAGACCAAUUUUGUCUGAACUCCAUUGGGUCUUAUGCUUGUAUGAACUGUGAUAAGUCUUGCACCGGUUGUCAUGGGGAUGGACCAGAUAUGUGCAGGAAGUGUGCGAAGGGCUUCUCGAAGAAGGGGGAGUUCUGUAUAGCAGAUAGGGAGGAUGAGGACCAAUCAGAUCAGUUCACUACUACGAGGGGCGAAGAAUUAUAAACCUAUGGAAGUUUCAAAGAAAUUAAUAGUUUAGGAAAUUUGGUACAUGACAUACGUGGGUCUCCUAAUAGCAACUGGGAUACUACUCCCCAAGUCUACCUCCCUCGGAAGCCUAGUUGGUGCCAUGGUGCUGUCAUACAUAGUUGGUGCUGAGUACUACUGCAUGAUAAACGGCCACAGUGGAUUGGUGAACUUGAAAGAUUACGAUCUAUUUCAGUUGUUCCAUACGUAAAAUCAGUUUUAUAUCUACUGGUGUUGGUCUAGAUUCUCAUUUUUUUAGAAGUAGACUGGUGAACUUGAAAGAUUAAGAUCUAUUUCUGUUGUUUCGGACGUAAAAUCAGUCUUAUAUCUUCUGGCGUUAGUCUGGGUUCUGGGUCCUCUUUAGAAAGGACUCCGGGGGUCGCCUGUGACUAAGAUCCCGGAUUUCCGUCUGACCUCCACAAACAUUGCUGGGGAUCCCUAUUAAACCCCUACAUAAAAUAAGUAUGUAAAAUUAUCAUUAUAAUUUUAAUUUAUUGUAUCAGUUAAGCAGUUUUAUCAUUGUAAUGAUUGCAGUUUGCACCAUCAAAAUGGGAAUUAAUCAGUUUAAAUUAAUACUAAUGGUGGGGUUCUAAAAGAUAACUGUGGACAAAAAAUGAAUAACAUUUUGAACAGAAUCGGCGAGGUUUUAAUACCGGCACUAAGAUUACAUUUUCUUGAUUAGUUUAUGCCUAUCGAAUCUUUUGUACAAGUUCUGAUUAACACCAAUUUGUAUCGUACCUUUAAACUGAACCCAGUACUAAUAAUUGAGGAAUGUGACUCGUCGAAACAUUUUGUAUCAAAUUGUCUUUGGAAUUACGUCCUAUGUGAAUCAAUUUAACUGAUCGAUUUCUGUGAAUUAAAUCCUGUGAGUACCAAUUUCAGAUCGAAGAAUAAUCAGUAUUCCAGACCCUGGUAAAACGUACAAUAACAGUAACAAUUGCACUUAAAAAAAAAAAAAUUUGGGUGUUUUUAGGAUAUAGGUAUCUUUAUUACAAUGAAUUGAAGGAUAUACAAAUUAAUUUAUUUUUUAUAACAUGCAAAUAAUGAAAGUUAAAAAGAUAUUUUUAUUUCACGACAUAAAUCAAAACUACGGCUUACAAUGUAAUGUGCGCCUAAAUUGUAAAAAGUAAUUUUAUCUUCUUCUUUAAUAAACUUAAAAUAUACUUUAAACUUCAUAAUAAAAUCAUAAUACUACCUACUUACAUAAUUAUAUUAUAAUUAAAUGCAUUUUUGUUUUUCUUUUUUUUAUUUCAUUAUGAAGUUUUAAGCAUUUCAUGAAUUCCUAAGAUAAUAUAAGUGGUAUACAGUGUAUUAAUGUAAUUAAUUAAGUCAAAUAUUCAAUUACGAAAAGAGUAGGAGUGAAUUUAAUAAUGAAGUAAAAACGAUUGCAUUAACAUAUUUAUUAUCACAAAUAAUAUACAUGGACGUAAAUAGUAUAAAAAGUGCAUUUUUUUUAGUAUAUAUUAAGAUAUUUCAAUAAAAAUUGAUAAUGCUAUUUGAGUUACCAAAUAUGUUUUUUUAUCAUUCAGUGUACAAAAUGGUAUAUAGUCUAUAUGGCUGCAAAUAAUGGUAUGUAGUCUUGUUUCACUGUCAGGUCUCUCUGCACCCGGCUGUACAUAUAUCAUGCACUUCAAAUAUUACGAAGUAUGCCGAUUUCCUUCCGUGAAAGAAAUUAACAAUAUUUUUUUUACAUAUUUGUACACGCUAAGUCGGAACUGUGCUUCCUAUUGCAAAUUAAGCAUUUCUUGUAAAUUAUUAAUUUAGUGCCAAUGGCUUAGAGACGUUCGUUUUUUUUUUUGAACAGAGCAAAGAACGUUGUCUGUUCCAGGUUUGAAAUUAUACGUUAUGACUAUUGGCGCUGCAUGCUUGUAGAUAUUCCCUUUUUUAUCUGUAUUUUUAAUAAUAUGUAUUUCUUUACAAAUAUAAAAAAAAUGCGAAGUUGUUGCUCGCAAUAUGUGUAAAGUUGUUUUAUUUUGAUGGGCGAUUACCGACAAGCGUUUGUUUUAUUUUCGUACCUAGUCUUGACGCUUGAAGAUUGAAUAGUAAUAUGUUGUUUCAAAUGAAAUGCGCGGGCGACGGUGGCCGCCUGUCGUUCGCGAUUAUGGCGACCGUGACACGCUUAGGUGUUCGAGCCGUGUGGCCAUGUGGUCUGAGUUAUAAGACUUUAUUUAUGGUUUACGGUUGCUUACUGCCUCCCAAACUUUCUUAAAUUUACGAAGUUAUGAAUAAAUGUUUUGUAUGGAUCGGCCUCCUUCGUGAAAUUAUCAAUUAUUAUGGUCAUUCACUUCUCGUUAUUGUCAAACCAACAAUUAUUGUCUCGGAACUUCUUAGGAUUAUCAAUAUUCUCUAACAACAUCAGUUCUUGUAACACUUCCCAACCCCAUGAGGGUGUGUGGAUUUAACAACAGUUAUCAAUAAUCAAAUUUUAAUGAGAAUUAAUAUAGUAAAAAAAAAAUUUAAUAUUUUUUUUUUCAAAUGAUACCUAACUUGACCGUUAUUUUAAUUUAUUUUCCAAGCUACCUUUAUUCAGUCGCUUUUAAUUUAUACCACCGCCUGUCUAUCAGUGUGCCUACAUGAUGUUACGUAUUUCCUGCGGGCGUUUUAACAUAUUGGUUCUAUGACUUGUGUGUUAUUAUUAAAAAGGCUGGUUCACACUGCGUGGGUUGACACAGAGCACUGAAAAAAAAAAACAUGUAUCUAUAGUUAAAUAAUGAAAUAAGGCUAAAAUUUGGUGU